AUGAUUGCGCCAGGCGGUGAUGGUUCCGCUUCAAAUGGUACGUCCCCAAUACAGCUCAAAGUACCGGUAGGCCGGUACGCACAGCGGCGGCGGCGGCGGCGUGGAAAUAAUCUCCAAAAUGCCAACAAGAAGAGCGUGCAAGAACCCGGCGCGGCGGCAAUGGCGACGGCCUUGCCAGUGGCACGCCUGUCUCCGCAACCGCCUUCCAAAGCAGUAGCUCCAUAUAUCCCAAGAUCCGAGUCCGAAGACACACACCUGCGGUUCCUCAUAUACCACUAUGUAACUGUAGUAAAUAUGCGCACUUUGACGUGUGUUGGCCCCCGAUUCGAAUGGUACCCGCUGGCUGUCAGGGAUGAGGCGUUCUUCCAUGUAUUAAUGUCCUCCACCUCGUCCCACGCCGCUUACCUACAAAAGACGGAGCUGCCCCGCAAUUUCUUCUACCAUCGUGGGAUAGCUAUCCAGCUGCUCAAUGAGAGAAUCGCCAGGGGAGCUCACGAUGAAGGGACUAUCAAUACUAUUUGUCUCUUUGCCCAGCAGGAGGCAUUUGAGGGCCGGCCGCGGACAGCAAAGACACAUAUCGAGGGAUUAUUACAGCUAGUUAGAGCCGCCGGGGGCAUCAAAUCUGUUGAACUCCCCGAGAAAACCCGCAGGCACAUAUUCUUCACCGACUUAGCAGCGGCAAUCACCCUUUCCACUAAACCAAUUCUUAGACCUCUUUUGGAUAUAUUAGAUUUCCCGACACACUUCGGCAGACCCAGCGAGGCAACCGCUUCUUACGCCAAAACUUUUGGAAUGAGACUCUAUAAUUUCAGCAAUUCUCCUUUAUCAAACCAAGCAGCAACGGUGAUGUGGGGGUUGCGUAACCUAUCACAACUUGCCGAGGAUUUCCACCAAGGCAAAGCAGUUCUAGAUACCGCUUUAGCUUCGGACAUGCAAUUCACUGACCGCGUUGAGGUUCUUGAAAGGCUAGUCCAUGAUUUAUGGUAUGCCGAGAAUCAAGCGACACCGCAGCAUACCUUAUUCCGGACCUUCGGUUGGACAUGCUUGAUAUAUAUAUACACAAUUCUGAGGGAGUUGCCUAGAGAGCUGGGCAUGAACGCCAUGCUGGCCGGCCGGAUAAAGUUGGCAUUGGAGUCCUGCUCGGAACUUAACGUUCUCCUGGCAACAUUCCAAGACCUGCUUCUCUGGCAGAUGUUUGUUUGUGGUCGGGUGGCAGAUGAAAGGGACCGGCCAUUCUUCGCAAGUCAGGCUACCAAAAUUUUACUUGUUCGGAAGUUGGAGAAUGCUGAUGAGAUACUUGUGGCGGCUCAAGAAUUUAUUUGGCCGGAAAGACGAGUCUCUAUGGAAUCUCCGUCAAACAGUACUGAGAGCAGUGGCAGAGCUGAUUCGGCAAUAAUGGAUGUUGGCGAGUGA